AUGACCUCCAAUACAAUGCGACCUAUUAUUUGUUUAUCUUGUUGAUUUAGUUUAUCAACGGUUAAAAUUGAAAUGAAGUUAGUUUAAUUUGGCUAAGCGGGAUUCCGAGUUUAGUCGAUAAUAGCCGAAGAGGUCGUGCCUCGGGCUCACGAGCGCUACCCACAUGGAAAAUGGUGGUGAAGUAGACAUCAGAGUGGCCAAGCAGCUAUUCGCCAUCGUUGAUGGGCGCACAUUGAGUUGUUUAAGAUAGGGUGCGCCAGAUAUUACGUUGAUAUUGCGUAUUAUUGUGCUUAAUGCAAGUAUUAAGUGUGUUUAGAAGCAAGUAUAAGUGACGUGAGGCUAAUUGAAGGCUAAAAAAUGUCAUCAGCACAAGUAGAUCGUCCUACAAAAGUAGGUCACGUCAACAAAAAGGAAAAUGAUAAAUCGAGAAAAUUGUUUAAUCAAUCUUAUAAGAAACACAAACAUGAUGAAAGUCGUCAUUUUAAAUUUGGCCGAAAAAGAUUACAAAGUUUUACAGGGAAUGGUAAAUUUUUUCCUCCUUAUAAAAGGAGAAAGAAGGAAGGUGCCAUAAUACCUCCUACAAAGUUUCUUCUCGGUGGUAACAUAUGUGAUCCAUUAAAUCUAAACAGUAUGCAAGAUGAAGAAAUAAAUAGAGCAAUGAAUGCGGUAACUCCCAAAUCAAGCCCCUUGCCAACUCCCAAACAUCGUAAGGAGACUAUUGAAGUGAUUAUUCCACCAAAUAUAUGUGAUCCACUAAAUUUAAGUAAUUGCAAUGAUAAUGAUGAAUAUGAAAAGCAAUUGAUUUCACCAACAAAGAAAGGCUCUAAACGACGUAAUAGAAAGCGAAAACGGGCUUCAUCUGGUUCUGGUAAAGAAGAUGUUAAUCAAAGUGGGAGUGAAACUGACAAAAUUACUGAACAAAAAACUAUUGAAGAUGUGUUGCCUUCAUUACCAUCAAAUGAAGAUGUUACUGUUAUCAAAGAAGUUACUUCUAAUGAAUCCCAAGGUUCAAUAAAACCACCAAGUCCACCAACACCGACAUUAGUAGUAGGAACAACACCAGUAGUAGUAGCAGCAUCAGUGGCAGCAGUUACAGCAGUAGCAUCACCAACCGUUGCAACAGUAGCAACAGUUACGACUACAAUAAUGCCAAUUGUGAUAACACAGCCAACAAAGGAUCAAAAACUCGAAAGUCCACAAAAGGAUAAAAAUAAGUUACGUUUAAAAGGAUUGGAUGAAGCUAAAGAUAAAAGAUUAAGAAAAGUAGAUGUCAAAGAUAAAAUUGUUAGUCCUGUGAUUCCUCAACCUGGUGCUUGGAAACCACGAUUACCACACAGACCAACUCAAGAUAAAAAAAAGAAAGGGCCCCAAACUCUUCAAUUACCAAAUUUUCGAAUAAAGAAUGCUCGAUUUCAAUAUGGAAACUAUGAUAGGUAUUAUGGCUAUCGAAAUCCACAUCACGGUAUCGAUCCUCGAUUAACCAUUUUUGCUCAACGAAAAGAAUUAUUCUUUAAUAAAGAUAUUCUUGAUAUUGGAUGUAAUAUUGGUCAUAUAACACUUUCUAUUGCGAGGGAUUUCACAGCUCAUAGCGUCACUGGGAUAGAUAUAGAUCGUAAAUUAAUAGGAAUUGCAAGGAGAAAUAUUAAACAAUAUGUGAAUUGUGUUCGAUCGCCUGCGAGUAACGAGGAUGCUGGAAACGUCAAUACUGAUUGUGAUACUAGUUUUUUUCCCAUGUCCAUGCCUAUCAAUUAUGGCCCCAUCGAUGUUCCUGGUUUUACAAAAAAUAAUGAUCAUAAAGGUUUUCCAUAUAAUGUUACUUUUGUGCAGGGUAAUUAUGUAUUAGAAGAUGAUUCUUUAUUAACAUCAGAACAACCACAAUUUGAUACAAUACUUUGUCUUUCCAUUACAAAAUGGAUCCAUUUAAAUUUUGGUGAUGCCGGAUUGAAACAAGCAUUUAAGCGAAUGCAUGCUCAGUUACGACCGGGUGGUGUUUUAGUAUUAGAAGCUCAAAGUUGGUCAAGUUAUGGAAGGAAGAAAGCUCUGACUGAAAGAAUCUAUCGGACUUAUCACAGCAUCGAAUUCUUUCCGGAAAAAUUUACUCAGUAUCUUUUAUCAUCUGAAGUUGGGUUUACUAAAUGUGAAGUCGUGUCUAUUCCUCCACACCCUUCAAAAGGUUUUCAACGACCGAUUCAGCUGUUCACAAAAGCUGGCACCAGUCCAGUACCAAGCACGAUAACUCGAUUUGUUGCAAGAGCACAAGAGAAAAAGGAUUCUGAACUCCGAGCAUUUGAACGCGAUUUAUUUCCACGAGAAAUGCAAAAACCGGGCAAUUUAUCUGAUUUAAGUCAACGUAGUAGUGAAUCUUUGAGUCAAUAUGAACAGCUGGAGAAUGUUUAUGCUCCGAGUACAACACCAUGUUAUGAUACUCCCAGUCAUAACAAUGAUAGCCAAUCAGCAUUUGAACCUGAAAGAAUGUGUUAUGUCGAUGUUGUAACUAAAACAGAAGUACUACAAGUAAAUGAAUUAAAAGCGAACGACGAUGUAGAAUUAUCGAAGACAACUGUAGAACGUAAAAGAAAAAUUGAAGGCCCAGUCAUCGAUGUAAAGAAAUCACGGCGUAUAAGUGAUCUUUCUAGCCAAAAUGAACAAGUUAAUCAGGUUGGAAUCACGCCAAAUACUAGUAAAGAUGUUAACAAAGAAACAGUGUCAGAAUCAAAAAGUAAGACGAAUUCGAGUAAUGAUGGACCAUCUACAGAUAAAACAUAAACGUUAAUUUAUAGUCAGCAUAACCAGAUGAAAAGAAAGUGGUGCUGUGAAGAAGGUUAAUAAUUUUUAACUUCUUUUAUUAAUUUAAUUGGUUUUGUUGAUUUACUAUGAAAAAAACCAUCGUAAUGAACGUGCAGCUAGUCGAAAUUUUUUACUUUUGCAUGUUCUAAAAAAGUGUAAAAAUAAACUUGGAGUUUCAUUGUUUAUUGUAUUUCUUAUGAAUAAUUAUACCAUUUAAGUUUAUUUAGUUGAUA